GUCGCGAGUCACACGCCGGUUCAAAAUAACUGAACCGUCUGGGCUUAUCGGCAAAUAAAUAAUAACUCGGAAGUGUCAGAAACUGUGGUUUUUCAGUACUGGAAACUGUAUUUGUGAGUGUCGAACUGAAUACGAAAAAAGGCGCAGUUUUUUUUUGCUUGCGAACGAGGGAUGUCCUGCUAAGGCAUGGGUCACACGGAGGAGGCCCGCUCUCCGGGUCUGCCGCCGCUGCCGCCGCCCAUCCAGCCCUGCAGCGGUUUCCUCGGCAAUGGCAAGUCGGUGAUCCGGCCGAUCGCCUUCAAACCGCUCGGAGGACGCUUGUCUGCCGGCGGGGAGCGGUAUGGUUCCACACCGGUAUUGGCAAGCAGACCACCUUCUCAUAUGACUCUGUACGGGAGCUCAUCAGACGUUCGCGAAGCGCGUUGGUGCGGCUCCCCGCAGCCCGCGUCGCUCUCCGCGCUCCCGCCCGCUUCGCUCACCGCUCCCUUCCAUCAACGACACCACUCCGCUAUUGUGACAAAAUCGAGUUCCGUGUUGUCCGGGGACAAGGAGCCUGUCCCGGCGCCAUCGCCUGCCGACUCAGGAGUGGCUGAGCUUGAGAGAGACCAACAUGACUACAGUACAACAGAUCGACUCCGAAGCCAUGACGUGCGUCUUCGGGCACCUCGCGGUCUCAUGCUGCAGAGCUACAGUGCUCGAUCGCGGGACGAGCGAGACAACGAACUGGCUCGAGUCAGACGAGACCGAGCAUUACUCAGGCAGAGACUUGAAGACACGGAGUGGACACUUUGUCAGAAAACUGGAGAGAUUGCGUUGCUGAAGACGCAUUUGAAAGAGGCUCAGAAUGAACAAACAGUUAAAGGCCACGAAUAUUUAACCGUAAAGGCAGAUUGUCGUCAACUGAGGGAAGCCCUUGACAAGAAAGAGAAGGAAAUAAUGCGGCUGCGAGCUGAAACGGAAGAAAAGGAAAAAACUGUGAACCGACUGCAAUCAGAAGUUGACCGACUGUCCAAUGACCUGAUGGAAAGCGUCAGUGAUCUUGCGAAGACCAAGGAAAGUAGCAAAAAUGAAAUAGAGAAAUUAAAAACUGAACUCAAAGAGUUACGACAAGAAUUGUCUGAUGUCUCUCUAAGCGGAUAUGAAGGUAUUGAAUGCGGUAGAACAAUGAGAGGCAUAUACGAAGUUUGUAAGACAAAUGAGUACCAUUGGACUUCCAGCGACAGUGCGCUUGAAGAUGCCGAAGUCCAAAGACUGAAUGGUGAGCUACCGGAUCCCUGCAGCGAGCCUUGCCCUGCAAGUUCAAUGGUGGAGAGGCUCAAAUGCGAAUUGGAAACAAAGGAAACACAGUUCAAUAAUGAGAGAAGGAAGUGGUCCGAAGAGAAAGACAAAGUAUUAAGAUACCAGAAGCAAUUACAGCAGAAUUACGUUCAGAUGUUUAAGCGAUCUCGGACCUUAGAGGCAGAAGUAGACGGUCUCAGGUUGGAGCUGGAAUUGUCCAACAAGAACAUGAAAAAUUUGAACAAACUUGGAAAGACGAUAGAGUUGUAAUUACAUUACCAAAUUUAUAUUUAUAGUUAUUUAUCUAGAAAAGGCUAUUUUAUAUUUUGUAAAUAUUCGUACGUAAGAAUCCAUAGAUUGUCUUGCCCCUGCCGUUUUGUCAGUAUCAAUGGGACUGCGCUACGUUAUUUUAGGUUGCUGAUGGAAUAAUACUCAUUUAUUAACGAUUACGUCACAUUUGUUUAAAUUAUUAUAAAUUUAAGGACCAUCCAGUAUAUUGAGUUUUUGCCUUAUUAAAAUGGUCUCAAAUAUUUCUUUAUUUUCAAUUGGUUCGUGUAAUAUCGGAGGUACGGUUAAUGUUGUAUGAUUAAUAUAGCCCCCACGAAUAGAUGUUUAAGAGAUUAUUAAAUAUCAAGGCCCCGUGACAAAUUUAUUAUAGGUAUAAAUAGAUUCUGAUGUACCUACUAUAAGUUAUUGUAGAUAAUAAAAC